AGGGGAGGGAGGUAGAGUGGGGAGUGACAGCUGCGCCUGGAAAUGAGUGGGGGAGGGAGGGAGGGAGGGAGGGAGAGCGAGAGAGGGAAAGAGAGGCAGCGGCGGCGAGCGAGUCGGCGAGAUUCUGAGCGUCAGUGAGACUCCGAUCCGCCUUUGGGAGAGUGUGUUCGUGCCAGUCUCCGCGCCGCCCACACCCACCUUGGCCUCCACACACGGGGCUAAGGCUGCUACCACAACAACAGGUUUCUUCGGUUUCUCUUUCCACGAAUUUCUGCCAGCCAAUAAUCUCCAAGGAAGAUGACACUCGCGUCUUGUCCCUCCUAGUGGGCUGAGAUUCGUCCAGACACUCCUAGACUAUUCUCUCACCCCGCCAGCCAACCCAAGCAGACUCUAGUACAGUGUUAAUAGGUGUAUCUCAAGCAGUAUUAUCAUCACGAUCCACUGUUAAGCCUCCUAGUGGUGCUAAAAACUGCGCCUCAGUCUGGUGUUUUGUUAUCGUUUUGUGUAGAAGUGAUGAUCCAGUGAAUAGGUUCUUACUAUGAAAAACUUAAAUGCUUCAACCACCGCCAUAAUGUUCGUACCUCCGUUCUGCAGCGACUACCAUAGCGGCUGAUCUCUUCCCUGUUCCGCAACCACAGAGACUUGUAGUGCCCCCGCCAGCUACCACCACAGGCUAGUUACUUGCCCCUCACAGUCAGCCACUGGACCACCAUCACGAUUACUAUUGUCUGUUCACUUAAGUCUGACCCAAGCUGACAACAUAAACCUUCCCUACCAACCCACAAGUGAAAGGCCACGCCAUCAACCACUCGUCAGCCGUCCACGACAAGCGCUCCUAACUCACGACAGCCACCCAGCCAACAAGCCACAAGCAUCACCGGUCACACCUAUACUAAAUUCUCCACAAAGGGAAGACCACGCCAUCAGCAACAGCUCGGCAGCCACUUCCGACAGCCACUACUCCUGAAAACCACCCCGACACAGCCUUUCACAGCUAACAGGAUUACGUGCGGGUGCUGUUCCUGCCCACCCCAGUCCACUAGGGGCCGCGAUACCUUGUUAAAGCCCGCACCAGACCAUCAAGCCCACCGCGGCCCACGACCACCACAACCCUUGCCACCAGCCAUUCCGGACAGCCACCCGCCAGACCCAGCCAUUCUCAGCCAACAAGAUCACGAGAGGCGGCUGUAACCGGCCCCUCGAGUCUGCUAGAAACGACGAAACCUUGUUAAAGCGAACGCCAGUCCAUCUAGUUCGCUGCAGCGCCCCAUCGCCCGCCGCCAUGCCUCUUGCAGCAGCAGCAGCAACAACAACCGCAGUGGGGCGACAGAUGGCAUCAACGUCCCUAGUCGUCGCCUGCCUCGCCGUCGUCGUGGUCGUCGUCGCCCCAGGCAGCCACGCUGACGAGGUGAUCGAGACCAGCCAGGCGCCGUCCCCCGGGGUGUCGGUAGGGCCCUACUUUCUGUCCCCCGGCAGCAGGAACGUCACGGCCACGGUGGGACAGACCGCCUACCUGCCCUGCCGCGUGGCCCAGCUGCCCAACGAAGCGCAAGUUUCCUGGAUCCGAAAGCGGGACCUGCACGUGAUGAGCUCCGGCAUGGUGGUGUUUGCAUCCGACCAGCGCUUCCAGGUCGUCCACCCGGAGAAGUCGGAGAACUGGACGCUGCACAUUCGGUUCGCGCAGGUGCGGGACUCAGGUGUGUACGAGUGCCAGGUGAACACGGAGCCCAAGAUGUCCCUCGGCUACCACCUCAACGUCGUGGACUCCCUCGCCAUCCUGCAGGGGCCGGAGUACGUGCGGGCCGGCAGCACCCUCAACCUCACUUGCACCGUCACGCCGCCCGGAUCACCAGGUCUGAUCUAUUGGUACCACAACGGCGCCAUGCUGGACUACGAGGGUCUGGUGGCCAUCGUGACCCAGGAACAGGCAGCGGGCACCGUCUCCUCUCUCACCAUCAGCCAGGCCGCGCCCAGCCACUCCGGCAACUAUACUUGCUGACCCACGGCGGCGCGCCCCGCCUCGCUCUCCCUCACCGUGCUGCAGGGAGAGCACCCAGCGGCCAUGCAGACGAGCGGGGCACGCUGCCACGGUUCCAAGGUCUGGUCCUGGCUGCUGCUGCUGAUGUUGGUGCUUCAGGGCGCGGCUCGGCGCAGAUGAUGGGCUCAGGUGAGUGUGGUCGGCAGCACCGACAAGGAUAGUUGAAGAUCACGGACGAGACACGAUCGCGGCAGCACGGCAGCAGCGAAACGAGUGUUUGGUGCUGACGGAGGCCGUGACCAAUGCCAUGAAGGAACACACUCCUUCCUACCCGACGAGUGUUUGGUGCUGACUCAGGCCGUGGCGAUUUCCCCCCCCCCCCCCUCCUGUCCUGACGAGUGUGUGGUGCUGACGCAAUCCAUGGAGGCAUACACUUCUUUCCCCGACGAGUGUUUGGUGCUGACUCAGGCCGUGGCGAUUUCCCCUCCCCCCCCCCCUCCUGUCCUGACGAGUGUGUGGUGCUGACGCAAUCAAUGGAGGCAUACACUUCUUUCCCUGACUAGUGUUUGGUGCUGACGCAAACCCUGGCGCACACUCCCUCCUUCCCUAGAGGCCGCCGCCGCAGGCACAGACACGCCCGUGAGCACCGGGAACAAUGUCACAGCGAGCACUGCUUUGUCCUGGCGUCUGUUGUGGCUUUCUGGUGCGAACUCUACUGAGGGAGGCGUGAGGUGAAAAGCGAGCCGGGACAGUGAUGGUAAGGCGGCGGGGGUGAGGGGCGUUGGGACCAGGGGAAGAGGCCGGAGAUGAUGUCGCGAAGAGAGUGAGAGAGGAGUUGUGGAGACGAAGACACUUUUUUAGUCAUGAUGCUGACUGAUAUUUUAUUCUUUUCCUGUGGUCGAUCGGGGACAGCUUUAUACAUACCCAAGAGUGAGGCUAAUCGUUAUUGUACGUGUGUGUGUCCGGGUGUAUUACAGAGAGAGAGAGAGAGAGAAUAUUGCAUGCCCAUGAAUUAUUUAAAUGUAUUUUUCAGGGUUUACAGCCUUAAUAAAUGACUUUGUUUUGUGACACGAAAUUGCAGGCGAAUUCUGACGUGUAUUUGGCCGAAAUUGCAACAGUUACUUUAUUUUAGUUCGUUUUAUUUUUUUUCCUGUCAGUGUGAAGGCGUUGAUGUCUCAGUUUCAUUAAAUGUUCCCAACUAAAUGUUCCCAACAAAUACAUUUUUUUGUGGAGUGUGUGUAUGUGUGUGUGGUGCGGGGUGGGGUGGGGGGAGGGGGGCAGCAGUAAGGUACCUUUCAAAUAGUGUCUAUUGUUGUAAGCUGAAAUGUACAAUGUCCAUUCCCGCCACACUGAUAAUAAAAAAAAGUUCAUGUCCUUGCAAUCCAUUGUAUGAUAACAAAAAUGGAACUAUAUUUUACUGUCGUGGAUGCAUGUCGUACGGUUAGUGAUUGUUUUGUAUAAGACCUCCCCGCUUCUCACCGCUCCUGGACCUGACUUGAGGACGCCAUGCAGAGUUGAUGUUUCUUUUGUGUUGAGUCUGUUCCGCUUGUCACCUCAGGGCCCGGCGUGAGGAGGCUUCUUCAUAAAGGUCUCAGACUAUGUUGACCACUAAUUAUAUGCUUUGCGAUAUCUUUCUUUGUGACCACUCAAUGAAACUAAAAAGCGGUGUGACUGAAUGUUUAUAUUGAGAGAGAGAGAGAGAGAGAGAGAGAGAGAGAGAGAGAGAGAGAGAGAGAGAGAGAGAUCAGACAUAUAGACAUAGGACAGACAGCCAAACGGACAUAAUAGCUAUGACUAAAAAUAAAGGAUGUGCUACGUAGUUUUUAUUUUCAAUCCUCUUAACACACUAGCACCAGAGAACAGUGGAUACAAGCAACGCUGAAUUAAUCUCUUCCCAUCCCGAGGCAUCCCAGGCUAAUGGAUUCUUGCAGCAGACCCAGGGACUAAUCAGACGGAGUUGAGCACCGAGGCCACGCGCAGCUGUAGUUUAUUUCCCUACCUUUACCUUUACCGUCCCACCAGGUUGAUGCACUAUGUUUUUAGUCUUAAAUUCAACAAAAACGGGAAAUGUUUGAGCCUCAGCCAACAGCGGAUGAGAGAAAACGUAAUGGAUUUUGAAUGUUCAGCCACGCAGUAAUCCAAGUUUGCUAAUGGCUCAUACACACACACACACACACACGAUCCGGUACCUACACGGCCCGGUAGCUCAGUGGUUGGAGCGUCUGCCUCACAACCAGAAGGACCGGGGUUCGAUUCCCCGACCGGGUGGAAGAUAAGUUGGGUUUAUCUUCUUUCACGUGUAGCCCCUGUUCACCUAGCAGUGAGAAGGUGCGCGACUUAAGGCGAGGAGUUGUCACCUCGUCGCGGUGUGUUGUGUAUGAGUGGUCUCAGCCCUAUCCAAAGAUCGGUCACUGAGCUCUGAGCUCCUUCCGUACGGGAACGGCUGGCUGUCUCGAGAGAGACCCGCAGCAGACCAAGAGGUCUGCACACACACACACACACGCACGACUAUGUGGGAUUGGUUGUAACGAAAAACACAAUUCAUAAAAAAAGUUUCAAUAUAA